GGGUACACAAAUCUACAUGCUCAGGCUACCCCAUGUAAUUUUGGAUACCGUUAUGUCCCGCCUUGGUGCACCCAGCGUACAUAGUAGAGCAAAAAAGCUUCAAAGGUUCAUUGUGUAAAGCUUCAAGUGAUACCUGAUUAUUCAGAAUCCCGCCAACUAUUUUCGCCACAACUUCUAUUCCUCUCCCUCCUCGAAUCCGACAAUCAUGGACUCAGGCACAAUCAAGAGCGAAGUUAUGCGUCAAGUACGGACGCAAUACGCCAUAGACAACGCCAAGCAGCUGAUCGAGAAAAUCAACGAGCACUGUUUCGAGCGCUGCGUCUCCAAGCCAGGCACCUCAUUAUCGAGCGGCGAACAGACAUGCUUCACGCAGUGCAUGGAGAAAUACAUGGCGGGAUGGAACCAGGUCAGCACGACGUAUAUCAGCCGGUUGCAGCGGGAACAAUGAAACAAGCCCACGACGAGAAAUUUAGGUCAGAUCCCUGCAGGAUUUGCAUCACGACACGACUGGAUGAGAUACCAUUGAUGUAUUUCCGAAGGUAUAGGCGGAACAGUACAGCUGGAACAUGAGGUAUUUCGAAUUCGUUUUAGAUCUCUGCAUUGUUUGGCAACAAUUGUACAUCACAGGUGGACAA